CGCCGCCCUCGGCCUCCAGCUUCUUUUUGAGGCCCUCGAGCAAGGUCCGGUUGGCGUUCUAUACUUGCCCGUUGCCUUGAGGGUAGGCAACGGAGGAGAAGGUGUGUUUGAUGCCCCAUGCCUCCAGAAGGGCACACAAAGGGGCUGCCUCAAAUUGUGUUCCGUUGUCGGAAAUGAUCUGCUGGGGGACGCCAAACCUUGUGAGGAUGUUCUUGAGGACGAAGUGACGGCACUUCGCCUCUGUGAUACUGGCGAGGGGCUCAGCCUCCACCCACUUGGUAAAGUAGUCGAUGGCCACAAUGAUGUACCUGUUGUUGGAGGUACCCCUCGGCAGAGGGCCCACAAGGUCUAUCCCCCAUCGAGAAAAGGGGACGGAUGUGCUGAUGGGGGCAUAGUUGACCGCUGGCCUGCCGGGGGCUUUCUGGAAAUGUUGGCAUGCGGUGCACCUUCGGGCAAGGUCAGCACAAUCCCUGGCCAUGGUUGGCCAGAAGUAGCCCUGGAGAAUGAGCCUUCGGGACAUGGAGAAGGGUCCCUAGUGAGCUGAGCAAGUGCCACUGUGCACUUCCUCCAUUGCGACCUCGGCUUCAUCUUGAUGAAGGCACCGAAGUAGCG